GCGCACGGGUUUGAAUGAGCGGCGCGAGGAGCGGCGCGUGGAUGAGCAUCUUUGGUCCUCUCGUGUCCAUGACGCGCGCUCGCACUACUAUGCUCACCACCACAAUGCUGGGAAACAAGUUUUUACCCCCGAAAUGAAUCCUGCCAACGAAACCAGAGCAGAGAGAAGUACAGAACAUUAUCUUUUCGCACUUGGCACCUACAAACUUCUCGCCUUUACUAUCGGAACCAUUGGAGUGUUCGGUUUCUGCAAUAACGCCGUGGUCAUCCUGCUUUACUGUAAAUUCAAAAGGCUGCGGACGCCCACCAAUUUACUGCUGGUCAACAUUAGUAUAAGUGACCUGCUGGUUUCUGUCAUAGGGAUCAACUUUACCUUUGCUUCGUGCGUCAAAGGCGGAUGGAUUUGGAGUCAGGCAACAUGCAUCUGGGACGGCUUCAGCAACAGCUUAUUUGGCAUCGUCUCCAUUAUGACGCUGUCCGCCUUGGCCUAUGAGCGCUACAUCCGGGUGGUCCACGCCCAGGUGGUGGACUUCCCCUGGGCGUGGCGGGCCAUCGCCCACAUCUGGCUGUACUCUCUGGCCUGGACGGGGGCUCCUCUGCUGGGCUGGAACCGGUACACGUUGGAGAUCCACCAGCUGGGCUGCUCCAUAGACUGGGCAUCCAAAGACCCCAAUGACGCCUCCUUCAUCCUCCUCUUCCUCCUUGCGUGUUUCUUUGUACCUGUGGGCAUCAUGAUCUACUGCUAUGGGAACAUCCUCUACACAGUGCAAAUGCUCCGUUCCAUCCAGGACCUCCAGACAGUUCAGAUCAUUAAGAUCCUGCGCUACGAGAAGAAGGUGGCCGUCAUGUUCCUGCUGAUGAUCACCUGCUUCCUGGCGUGCUGGACACCGUACGCCGUGGUGUCCAUGUUGGAGGCGUUCGGCCGGAAGAGUAUGGUGUCUCCAACGGUGGCCAUCAUCCCUUCGUUCUUCGCCAAGUCCAGCACCGCCUACAACCCCCUCAUCUACGUGUUCAUGAGCAGAAAGUUCCGUCGCUGUCUGCUGCAGCUGCUUUGUUCGCGUCUGUCGUGGCUGCAUCGCGGCCUCAAAGAGCGCCCCCUAACACCCGUCGAGCGCCCCAUCCGCCCCAUCUUCGUGUCCAGCGGCGGUGGCAGCAGCAGCUGCAAGGAUAGACCCAAGAAGAGGGUGACGUUCAGCAACUCCUCCAUCGUCUUCAUCAUCACCAGCGACAACAUCCAGCAGUUGGAUGUGUCGUCCAAGACCAGUGAAGAUCGGCAAAUCAACGUCAUUCAAGUGAGGCCGUUGUGAUGCAGCGUGGACCAUCUUCACCCCCCACCACUCAGUAUGCCUUAGGACCAAACAUGCAAAUCCAAGCCAAAAUACUUCUGUCUGACCUCCCUGGACCGUUUUGUGUCUACACUCAAGAAAAGACUUGUGUAAAUAACUUCCUGCAGAGUACGCCACAAAUGAAAAACACCUAGUAUAUCUCCUGACAGCCUUUUUUCUAGGGAUCGACCGAUGAUCAAAUCCAAUAUUUAGCAUUUUUACAGCUCUUGGUAUCUGUAUUUUUUGUGCCACUUUGGAUUCCGUGCAGCUGCUUUUCUCAUAUCACUGAAAAGAGAGAGAAAAUAGUAUUUUUACCCAGCCCCCCAAAGGAGAGGCAAGGGGUAUUGUUUCUGGUUCAGUUUGUUUGUUU